GAAGAAAUGGUUGAUGAUAUACAUUUCAUCUGAUGUAGACCCAUUCGAAGUAUUAUAAUUAUUCAUACAUUUCUUUGUUUUAACUCCAGUGGGACAUGACUGCCAUGUGUGGAUCAUCCGACGCCUGGUGUGACUGUGCGGUGAAUGGACUGAUAUCAUGAAUCAACGCUUGUGAAUCAACUUGAGCCGAACUGAAGAUACCUAUGUAUAUCAACUAUGUAUAUCUAUCCGCCAUCGGAGGCAAGAUGUAGUUCCAUACAUACAUAUCUUGUUAACCAGAGAACAAAUUGAACCUGAAAGUAAACACAGAAGUCGUAUAAUCGUACUAGAAUCUACGAGCUAAACGGGACACCUGGAGGAAUAAACACUUUAUGACGCUAUGGCCACGAACAGUGAUUACGAUAGUGGCCGCGAGAAGGAACAGAAUGGCGAUCAGGCAGAGAAAAUGAAGACUAAAAUAAUGUCUGUGUGGAACAAUGUGAAGUAUGGCUGGUCAUCUAAAAGUCAAACCAAUUUUAGUUACCAUACUCCAAUAUGGCUUCUUGGGGAAUGUUAUCAUCAUAGACCUGAUGAUCCCAAUGAAACUGAGCAAUCAGCAGAAGAUGACUGCCUCACACCAAUGGAGAGAUUCAAGCGUGAUUUUACCUCUCGUUUAUGGUUGACCUACAGAAGAGAAUUUCAACAGCUUGCUGGUACUAGUUUAACAACAGACUGUGGUUGGGGUUGCAUGCUUCGUAGUGGACAAAUGAUGCUUGCACAAAGCUUUCUCACUCACUUUCUUGGAAGAGAUUGGUGUCUUUAUGAUGUAGAAACCAAGGAACAGAUUGCAUAUCAUCGGCAGAUUGUCAAAUGGUUCGGUGACCAGCCUGGUGAACAGAGUCCAUUCUCUGUACACAGACUGGUUAGUCUGGGACAUGAAGCCGGUAAAAGACCUGGUGACUGGUAUGGUCCGGCAUCCGUGGCACAUAUAUUAAAGAGAGCUAUGGACACAGCACCUAAGUUUGAUCCCUUAUUAAAUCAGCUAUGUGUUUACAUUGCCCAGGACUGUACGGUGUAUAAACAGGACGUUAUCAAUCUAUGUCGCAGUCAGCGGGCUGACGUCACUGACAGUAGGAGUAGCCAGCUGUGGUGCUCUGUUAUUAUAUUAAUCCCUGUACGUCUUGGCGGAGAAGAGCUGAAUCCAGUCUACAUAUCUUGCAUCAAAUCAUUAUUUACACUUAAGCACUGUAUAGGCAUCAUUGGCGGCAAACCCAAGCAUUCCCUUUAUUUUAUAGGAUUUCAAGAAGACAAGUUGAUUCAUUUAGACCCACAUCUAUGCCAAGAUGUUGUUGAUAUGAGAUCCAGGGACUUUCCUCUUCAGUCAUUUCACUGUAUGUCACCACGCAAGAUGUCCCUUAUGAAGAUGGAUCCCAGCUGUACUAUUGGAUUCUAUUGCAAAACACAGGAUGAUUUUAAAGAAUUUUGUUCUUAUGCACAAGAGGUGUUAGACUCCACAAAGCACGUUGGUGACUAUCCAAUGUUCAUCUUCAGUGACGGUUGCAGUCUUGAACAUCAACUUCCACAGUCCAAGAAAAACAAGCCUGAUAGGCUACUAAGAGUACGACAUCUGGACAGCGAAGGCAGACCAAAAUCUCAGGUUGAAGAAUUUGUGUUCCUCUGAAAACCUCUGACAAAUAAUUCAACCAGACUUUGAUGUAAUUAUGUUAUAAAAUGUUGUAUAUAUGAAUACACUUUUUGUUUAUUUCAUUUGCCCACAAUGCAAUGCUUCUUUUUAAAACAACCUGAUGAUUUCACUCAGAAACAGAAAAAGUUUCAGUUCAUCUCAUUCUAGUUUAUCCCGG